AUGGCGCCUCCAGCAUCGGAAGAGGACCACAAGCUCGUCUCUGAGCUCAUGACACUCUCCAAGAACAACAAGAAACUAGUUCACUCGUCAACAUAUGCGGCGCCAGCCGACCCUAGCAUCACUGUUCGAAGCUGGAAAAUGAAUGAAUGGAAGUACUACGAUGUACCGUCACCGUUCCCAACUCUUGCCCGUGGACUGUUCACGACCUGGCAUUCGGACAAGGCUGAGAGCAAGGAAGGCGAUGGACACGGGAAUUACAGGAUUGUAGCGAGAGGGUAUGACAAGUUCUUCAAUAUCGGAGAGGUCCCUUGGACGUCGUGGGAUGCACUUGGAAGACAUACUACCCCGCCAUAUGUCAUGACCUUGAAGUCUAAUGGAUGUAUCAUCUUCAUAUCGGCUCUUAGCAACACAAAAUUACUCGUCACAUCCAAACAUUCUCUCGGUCCUGUACAGGGCGUACCAGAAAGUCACGCUGAGGUUGGCGAGAAAUGGCUGCUCAUGCAACUCGAGGCCAAAGGCAAGAAGGUCGAAGACCUCGCUCAGGUUCUCUGGGAUAACAAUUGGACGGCCGUAGCAGAGCUAUGCGAUGACUCGUUUGAGGAACACGUCUUGCCUUACCCUCCAGAGAAGACUGGUCUCCAUCUGCACGGCAUCAACGAAUCCCGCGGAGCGUUUAAAACCUUGACGUCUGAUAAAGUUGCAGCAUUUGCACGAGAAUGGGGUCUGAUUGAGACACCCUAUCAUACAGCAAACUCCAUCUCUGAAGUGCGUAAAUUCUCUGAAGAGAUUGCAAAAUCGGGAAAUUGGAACGAUGAACCAAUCGAAGGGUUUGUUGUGCGCUGCCAUGUUUCCGACUCGUCAUCUGCGAAAGAAAAGGACGUCCCGCCCUAUCCGCCUGGUUCGUCAUUCUUCUUCAAAGUGAAAUAUGAUGAGCCGUAUAUGAUGUACAGGGAUUGGCGUGAGAUCACCAAGAAACUGCUGUCCACGAAAGGUCGCUUGCAGGACGUUGCGAUACCCAAGAAGAGUUUACGACGUCCCGAAUCAGUCCUUUAUCUAAACUGGGUACGCGACGAGAUCAAGAAGGACCGUAGUCAGUUUGAUGGGUUCAACAAGGGGAAAGGGAUUAUCGCAACGCGCGAACGAUUUUUGCAAUGGUUGAAGACGGAGCAUGGACAAGUGGCCCAAACUGAACAACUUGCUUCCGCACUCUCAUCUGUCGAUCUCAACGAAAAAGCGAAGAUGUUUGAAAAGACUGUCAUCGCCCCGGUUGCUAUCCCUGGUUGCGGCAAAACAACUAUUGGUGUCGCCCUCUCACACUUAUUCGACUUCGGGCACGUCCAGAGUGACGAUAUCCAAGCGAAAAAGUCUGCGCCACAGUUCAUCAAACGCGUCAAGGAAGAGCUAGCCAUACAUAACGUAGUCAUUGCCGAUAAGAAUAAUCAUCUCAGAGAUCACCGCCGACAACUUCGGGACGCUAUUUGCGGGAUGAAGGUCCCGGUUCGUCUAAUUGCACUUUAUUGGCCACUCGAGAAACCACCUGCUAUGAUCCACCGCAUCUGCUCGGACCGCGUUUUGGAGCGUGGAGACAACCACCAAACACUUCGACCAGAUAAACACGUCAGGCAUCACGAACAAGCUGUUUGGAUGUUUAUACAAAACGCCGAAGAACUUGACGACGGCGAAGUUGAUGAAGUUGUCGAAAUGGACGUUGAAGAGGACUUAGAACAGAGCCUGGAUCGGGCAGUCGAUGCUUGUGUGCGUAUCCUUGGACUGCCUAAACCGACACGGGAACAGAUUGGCGUUGCACUGGCGAAGGCACGAGCAUACAAGGUUACACAAAUUGUGGAUCGGCAGACUAAGAGGGCAGCGAAAGUACGCUACUUCGGCUUCCUUCCUGAAGUUGAUCUUGCGGGAGUCAUCGAGACACACUUCGCGGAAAAUGAUGUGCACCCUGAGAUGCGUGAGUUAUGGGAAAAGAUGGUGCAGGACAAGCGUGUUACGAGAAUGCCGCAUGCCACCAUUGUGCACAUGAAGGGCCUGCCUGACAAACAGAAACUGUGGGACCGCUGUGAUAGUCUAUUCUCCCAACCGUCUCCGCCGAUGUUCGCGUUCAGACUGAGCCACCUCAUUAGCGACGGACGCGUCAUGGCUGCUACGGUUGAGGACCUCAAGCCUGCAUCAAAUCCUGGAGAUGAUACAAGCCUGGAGGCUAUUGACUUCGUUGAGUCCCUCGAUGAGAACCUGAAGAACAGGCUCCAUGUCACUGUAGGGACUCGCCAGCAGACUAUCGUACCCGUUGAGGCAGGCUCUAUGGUCGAAAACUGGAAACGCGGAAAGGCCGGAGACAAUGUGCAUAUGCUACCGCUGAAAGAUGUUAUUGUUCAGGGAAGAGUGAAAGGGUUGUCAGGUUAG